UAAAUAUGUUUAAGAACUUUUUUAUUGUUUAGUGUUUGUUUCUCCAGAUUUUGUGAGGAAACAUGCUGGGUAAUGGAAAUGUUUGUUUGGGUGCAAGACUGUUUGAAACAGCUUUUGAUGUAUGUUAAAGACCUAAAUAUUUAAUAUUAAUAUUCGUGUUUGAGUACAUGCAGACAUUUUUUAUUUUAUAUGCAGAACAUAUGGAACAAUAGAAGGCCUUGUGGCUAAGAAAAUAUAUUAAUUAUUAUAUGGAAAUUGGGAAAUUUAACCUAACACCAAGUUAUGCCAAAAAAGAAAAAAAAAAAAAAAAUCAGCAAUAAAUUCAUGUAUUUGAUGUUUGGAAAAAAACCCCAUAAUAUUUUAGAAGUACUGUAGAAAAGAGGCAGGAGUUUAAAAGUCUUAGGAGUUUUGGAAACAUAUUUUAUAAUUCAAAAUCAUUUAUUUUCAGAUUAACAUUUAUUUCACCAUCUUAUGUCAACUCGACCUGCUGUUGAUGAACAGGUUAGAUGUGAUUUAAAUCUAUAGCCUAAUUAAUAUAAUUCAUAGCAAUCAAUUGACAUUCAUGAGAUUUGUUACAAAUAUUUAAUUUGAUGGGAAAAUAAAGUGCUUGAAGCUGCUGAACAAUCUCACCUCAUCACUGUUUUGGGUGUUAACAGUGUAAAUAGCUUCGCUGUUAUCAGCAAUCUAGUUUUGUUUUUUGAGCUGCAGUUGUUUUAUAAACUUUGAUGCUGACAUUAUCCAGCCCAAUAGCCUCUAACGUUAGCAGUUUGUGGUUUGAUGCCAGCGAAGUUUUGGCUGUAGGUGGCAUAGGGGCAUAAGACAGUGACUGGCUGGCUACACAAGUGUUAACAUUCAUUUUAUCAUCUCCUCCUGGAACCUAUUUAAAGCCUGCCUUCAUUUGUCAGCAAGCUUUCAUAUUUUACAGACUACUCUUCAUGUAUACUCUUUAAAUGAGCUAUUUAAAACUGGACUAUUUUUGAACUCCAAUUUCUGAUACUUGAUGGUAAUGUAAUCUUCAAUAUGUAAGUUGUGUUAUGUUUUUGUUUAACAUCUGGAUUCAUCUUGUGGUUGCAAAUGAUCAUUCAAAUAAUGGUAUUUCUUACAACAAAGGGAUAUUGUAUAAAUUAAGGAAUCUGGUCCUUUUUUCAGAUCUGCUCCUCCACAUCAUACAGAGAUUGUGAUUCACCUCUGCAGUGAAACCACUGCUACAGCAAUUUACCAAUAAAUGCUGUUAUUAUUUCCAACAUCCUACAAGUGAAAAAGGAGAGAACCCUCAAAGUGUAACCACUGAACUCUACUGACAUACUUUUUCAAAAAUGAGGUUUGUUAUAGAAGAAUUUAAAAAGGAGACAGAAGACAUGAAUGAUCCAGAGACACACCAAAUAAAACAUACUGAGGAACAAAGAGACUUGAUAGAAGUAAAAGAAGAAUGUCAAGAACUUAAUGACGUGGAGGAGAAACACCAUCAGCAUCAUACAUUUGAUAAUUUCAUGACUGGAGAAGAAACUUUUAGUGGCUCAAAGACUGACAACAAUUUUUCACAGAAAAGAUCUCAAAGAACUAAAGCCAAAAAUAAUUGUACCUGCUCUCAGUGUGGAAAGAGUUUCACCCAAAAAGGAGAUUUAAACUGUCACAGGAGAAUUCACACUGGAGAGAAGCCUUACACCUGCAAUCAGUGUGAAAAGAGUUUCACACACAAAAGAAACCUUAAAGCUCACUUAAAACUUCACACGGGAGAGAAGCCUUUCUUAUGCUUUCAGUGUGGAAAAAGUUUCGCAUAUAAAACAACCCUUAAGUGUCAUAUGAGAAUUCACACUGGAGAGAAGCCUUACACCUGCUCUCAGUGUGGGAAGAGUUUCGUAGAGAAAGGACAUCUUCUGCGUCACAUAAGAAUUCACACUGGAGAGAAACCUUUCACAUGUCUUCAGUGUGGAAAGAGUUUCAAACAAACGGGCCAUCUCACAAUUCAUCUGCGCUAUCACUCUGGAGUAAGACCAUUUAAAUGUGAUCAGUGUGGCAAGACGUAUACGUGGGCAUCACAUCUAAGGGCACACGUGUCGACUCAUGCAAAUGUGAAGCCUUAUGUGUGUUCUUUUUGUGGAAAGAGUUUCUCUUACUCGGGACACCUGAAAUCACAUGAGAGCGUGCAUACUGGAGAGAAGCCAUACCACUGCACUUCAUGUGAGAAGAGUUUCACCCAAUUACGUAAUUUAAAGACCCAUCUAAAUAAGCAUUGUCCAAAAUUGUCAUUGUGAGCAGUUAAUUUCAUUGUCAACACUGUAUUUGAAGUAGCACAGCUUCAUUUUACUAGAUCUGAUGUAGUUUGAAAGUCAUAAAAUAAAAAGAACUGCAAUAGUUAGGAACAGAAGUAUGCCUAUACUUCUAACUAAAUUUAUUGAGGUUUAAAUGUGAAGUAUGUAACUUUUUUAAUGGCAAAAGAUAUUCUACUAUCCCAGUAUAUUGUUCAUUGACAACUAUAAGUAAGCCAUUUGUGGGUUUACCACCUCAAAAGUGUCAACACUGAGCCUCCCAGGCACUAUCAAAACAUUGAUGUUUAUAUUUUUUGUGGCCCGCUCAGCCCAACCCCUCCAUUUCUAGCUCAACCAAUAGCAUGAGUUUGGGGCCUGGAUACCUGUAGUAGGCUGUUCAGCUGGGAGCAUAUAAACAUGUACAUUGGAAAAUAAAUUUUAGCUUUGCUUACAGAUGCUAACCCUCUGGGGUCUGACUCUUUUGGGCCCUGGAGAAGUUUUGACAUGCCUUGACAUUUGUGCUUUUUUCAGUUGCUUACAUAUUAAUGGCUAAAGUCUGAGAACACUGUAUACAGCACAAACUGGGCUACAAAAAUAUGUGAGCAACAUGUAUGUACAUGUUUGUAUUUUUGAGAAAAAAAGGUUUAUGCGUGGUUUUUGAAAAAACAAACAUUUUAAGUCACUGAAAUAAGGCCAUAUAACACAUACUAAACAUUUGUUCACAAGACUUUUGAGAACUGGAUCUUGUAGCCUAGAGUUUUUGCUACAAAAUGAUGUGAAAACCAUCCUGAUCACUCAUUCAUACAAAACAAUAUAGUCAUUUAACUUUUGUAAGACACUUUUAGUGUUAGAAAGGCCAUAUGCGAGGAGGCGUGGAUGAUCAUGAAUAUUGAUGUCAUUCACACCUGAGGAGACAAAGACCCCUCCCCUGAGAGAGAAUGAAUGUGAGGAGACUUAAUGAUUGAAUGGAUUAUCUGACUGUACAUUUUCUUUACAUAAAGACUUUACUUAAAAACUUUAGACCAACACUACCAUUUAAAAGUUUUAGAUCAGUAAGAUUUUUUAAAUGUUUUUAAAAGAAGUCUCUUCUGCUCACCAAGGCUGCAUUUAUUUGAUCCAAAAUACAGCAAAAACAAUUAUAUUGUGAAAUAUUUUUACAAUUUAAAAUAAUUUUUCUAUUUGAAUAUAGUGUAAAAUGCAAUUUAUUCCUGUGAUCAAAGCUGAAUUUUCAGCAUCAUUACUGCAGUCUUCAGUGUCACAUGAUAUUCAGAAAUCAUUGUAAUAUGCUGAUUUUCUAAUAUGGGCAUAUUUACAGCACAUUUUACACAUUUACACCCGAACACAUAUUUGCAAGCACAAGCUUCAUUGAUGAUAAUGAGGCAGCAUAAACACUAGUUAAAAUAUAAUCUAAACAUUCAUAUUAUUUUUAUAUCAUAUUUAUAUCAUACAGCAUACAAUUUAAAUACCUGCUUUAGCCGAAACAAUGUUUAAAUGUAACUAAGACUUGCCUAUUAGGACAUACUUCAAAUGUCAAUACUCUGAAUACUGCUGGCAAGUCUGGAAAUAGUCCAACUAGUAAAAUAUGUCCAUGUUUAUAUAAAAUAGCAUGUCAACUAAUGUAAGUAAAACUAAAUGACUUACUCAUUCGGAAUUGUAUCCUCGGCUGGAUCAAAUCGCUCUUCAAAAUGUAAAUGUUCCUCAUUGGAUUUCUGCUGUUCUUUUGAGGAAAAUGUGAACUCUUCGUCACUAUCCAGGACCAUCUUUAGAGCUUCCUCACCUGUGUAGCGUGCCAUCUUCCAAAUGCGCAGGAAAGUGAAUGAAUUUGAUGAUGAACUUGAUGUUUUUUAAGGCAUUGUUGUUGGGGGUGUUUACCAUUUGCAUUGAUCGCCUCAGCACAUUACCGUAUGAAUAGCGCGCUCUGCUGAUGGGUGGGAUCACAUUAGGGAUAAUGAGCUGAGCCAGGAGAAACUGUACAUCGCUUUGUUUCAUACAGAUUACAUUGCAGGAAUAAAUUUGUUUUAAACAUUUUAAGCUUUCUUUAGACAUAUGUUUCAUGUUUGUGUGAUAAGUAUUCGUGGAGUUUCACUUCAUUUUUGUGACGUGUUUCAGAAAGAUGCACGCGGAGACAGACGGCUGAAAGCGCUGUUUAUUUUCUUUAUUUUACAAAAGCACAAGGUUUUGUUGUUAUUGUGAGUGUACACAAAUAAAAGUAGACCCUUUAUAGUUUCUAAUGAUGUCUUACACUUAUCUGUAUGCCCAAAAAUGACGGAGUAUUUUAAGUUGUUUCCACUGUUAUGCGGAAAAAAUCCAGCAGGACGCGCCGGCACGUCCGUCGACCCCAGAGGGUUAAAGCCAAAAUUCCAAGACUUGCUUGAAGACACAAAGACAGAGAACGGAGUAAAACUAGAGUGAACAUUGGCAUCGCAUUUACAAUGUGGAGGACACGCGCACACACACACCAUCACCAAGGAUGAGAUUGCUCUGGCAAACGGGAGCAGCAAUAACGAGAUCGCCAUGCAAGUCUCUAAUACACUGAUACCUCCCCCGUCAACAAAUGUUAAAUCUGGAGAUGCUAUCGGACAACCAGUUUCCUCUGCGACGCUUUCUGUCUACUGAUGAUCCAAAACAUUAUGACCACUCACAUGUGAAUAACGAAUAACAUUGAUCAGCUCCUAACAAGGUCACAUGUCAAGGUCUGGGUAGAUUAGAUGGUAAGCGAACAAUCAGUUCUCGUAGUCAACGUGUUGAAUGCAGGAGAAAUGGGCAGGGGUAAAGACCUGAGUGACUUUAACAAGGGCAAAAUUGUUAUGUCCAGACGACUGGGUCAGAGCAUCUCUGAAACAGCAUGGCUUGUGGGGUGCUCCUGGUCAGCAGUGGUUGAGUACCCACCGACAGUGGUCCGAGGAGGCACAAACCAGCGACAGGUGUUGGGUGCCCAAGGCUCAUCGAUGUACAAGGGCAACGAAGUCUAUCCCAUCUGGUCCAAACCAACAGAAGGUCUACUAUGGCACAACUCACAGAAAAUUGUAAUAAUUGUUACGGGAGGAAUGUGUCACAACACACAGUGCAUCAUACCCUGCUGUGUAUGGGGCUGCGUAGCUUCAGAACUGGACCUUGGAGCAGUGGAAGAAGAUCGCUUGGUCCAAUGUGUCCCGUUUUCUUUUACAUCAUGUGGUCGGCCGUGUACAUGUGCACAGUUUACCAGGGGAAGUGAUGGCACCAGGAUGCACUGUGGGAAGAUGACAAGCCGGUGGAGGGAGUGUAAUGCUCUGGGCAAUGUUCUGCUGGGAAACUCUGGGUCCGGCCAUUUAUGUGGACAUCAAUUUGACACAUACCACCUACCUAAACAUCGUUGCAGACCAUGUACACCCUUUCAUGGCAAUGGUAUUCCCUGAUGGCUGUGGCCUCUUUCAACAGGAUAAUGCGCCCUGCCACACUGCACACAUUGUUCGGGAUGGUUUGUGGAGCCUGAUGAAGAGUUCAUCAAGGUGUUGCCCUGGCCUCCAAAUUCCCCAGAUCUGUGGGAUGUGCUGUACCAACAAGUCUGAUCCACGGCAGCGCGGAAAUUACACACUUCACCUUUAGGCUUAAAACAAGAAAAAACUAUUUGCCAGUGAGGUAAAUAAAAUAAACUUAAUUCAAAGACAGGUUUUUUUUUUUCCUGUUUUAAGCAUCAAGUUCACUAAAUUUAGACUUAACUAUGACUUAACAUUUUGUGCCAUUUUGGUUGUCAAGUUAAAAUAUCUGGUUUUGUGAAUGUUUAGAUAUUUUUACUUGAAAGCAGGUAAAAAAUACUGAGUAAGAAAAUGAUUUUUUGCCAUAUAUAAAUAAUUAUAACCUUGUAUAACAAGUAUCUACCAGAUUUUAUGCUAU